UGAGGAGCCGCAGUCGCUGUUGCAGUUGUCAUCGCCUGUGUGUUGGGGACAGAGCUCCGGGAAUACUGUGCGAGUGGUGACCGAGCCUGCAGGCAUGGAAGAAGACGGGGCGGUGCCGGAAGACCUCUCAUCCGAAGAGAGAGAGGAAUUGUUGAAUAUCCGUCGCAGAAAAAAAGAGCUGAUAGAUGACAUAGAGAGGUUGAAGUUUGAAAUAGCGGAAGUGAUGACCGAAAUUGAUAACUUAACUUCUGUAGAAGAAAGUAAAACAUCUCAGAGGAAUAAACAGAUUGCCAUGGGAAGAAAAAAAUUCAACAUGGACCCUAAAAAGGGCAUCCAGUUUCUUCUUGAAAAUGACCUGUUGCAGAACACACCAGAGGACAUUGCUCAGUUCUUGUACAAAGGAGAAGGAUUGAAUAAAACAGUCAUCGGUGAUUAUUUGGGAGAAAGGGAUGACUUUAAUAUCCUUGUCCUUCAAGCAUUUGUUGAGCUUCAUGAGUUUGCAGACCUGAACCUUGUCCAGGCAUUAAGGCAAUUUUUGUGGAGUUUUAGGCUUCCUGGUGAGGCCCAGAAGAUUGAUAGAAUGAUGGAAGCCUUUGCAUCACGUUACUGUCUCUGUAAUCCUGGAGUUUUUCAGUCCACAGAUACUUGCUAUGUCCUGUCAUUUGCAAUCAUUAUGCUGAACACAAGCUUACACAAUCCUAAUGUAAGAGAUAAGCCAUCGGUGGAGAGGUUUAUAUCUAUGAAUCGUGGUAUUAAUGAAGGUGGGGAUCUCCCAGAAGAAUUAUUAAGGAAUUUAUAUGACAGUAUUAAGAAUGAACCCUUUAAAAUACCAGAGGACGAUGGAAACGAUUUGACACACACAUUUUUCAACCCAGACAGAGAAGGCUGGCUCUUAAAAUUAGGAGGAAGAGUAAAAACGUGGAAACGUAGGUGGUUCAUCCUGACUGAUAAUUGUCUGUAUUACUUUGAGUAUACAACGGAUAAAGAGCCAAGAGGAAUAAUUCCCUUAGAAAAUCUGAGUAUUCGCGAAGUUGAAGAUCCUCGUAAACCAAACUGCUUUGAACUCCAUAAUCCAAGUCACAAAGGGCAAGUUAUUAAAGCCUGCAAAACAGAAGCUGAUGGCCGAGUGGUUGAAGGGAACCAUGUGGUGUACAGAAUAUCUGCUCCAACCCCUGAAGAGAAGGAAGAGUGGAUCAAAUCAAUCAAAGCCAGCAUUAGCAAGGACCCCUUUUACGACAUGCUUGCAACACGGAAGAGAAGAAUUGCCAAUAAAAAAUAAUUGUGACUACCACAAGAAACCAAGCCUGUUUGAAGGGUUGAAUUCUAAUGCAGAAUAUGAACUGUUGCACCACCCAACGGGUCGGGAAAAAAUAGUGAGAAAAUCAAACAUACUGUAUUAUUGGACCACUUUAUUCUUUAAUACAUUAGGCAUUUAAAAAAAAAAAUCUAUGACAAAAAUAUAUUAAUCACCCUUAAAGGGACAGUCUAGGCCAAAAUAAACUUUCAUAAUUCAGAUAGGGCAUGUAAUUUUAAACAAUUUUCCAAUUUACUUUUAUCACCAAUUUUGCUUUGUUCUCUUGGUAUUCUUAGUUGAAAGCUAAACCUAGGAGGUUCAUAUGCUAAUUUCUUAGACCUUGAAGGCCACCUCUUUUCAGAAUGCAUUUUAACAGUUUUUCACCACUAGAGGGUAUUAGUUCAUUUAUUUCAUAUAGAUAACACUGUGCUCGUGCACGUGAAGUUAUCUGGGAGCAGGCACUGAUUGGCUAAACUGCAAGUCUGUCACAAGAACUGAAAUAAAGGGGAAGUUUGCAGACGCUUAGAUACAAGAUAAUCACAGAGGUUAAAAGUAUAUUAAUAUAACUGUGUUGGUUAUUCAAAACUGGGGAAUGGGUAAUAAAGGGAUUAUCUUUAAAAAACAAAAACAAAUUCUGGUGUAGACUGUCCCUUUAAACUGUCCUUAAUUUGUGCUGCAUUAAUAAUAGGUUACUACAGUAUAUAUUGUUAAUAUUUCUUCAAGGCGUUAGUUUAAAUAUCUAAAUAUUAGUUUUUUCCCUCCAUUUCCCAGUACAGGGAGCUAGGCCUUUAUGCAAUUUCUAAUGAUCUUCACCUAGCUGGGAUAUUCCUAGGAAUGUCGUUCAUUUCACUGUCAGCACCAAUAUCAGCUCAUGUUAUGUUUUGAGUAAAUUUGAGAAUAUCCAUAUAGAAAUGCAAGCAAAUGUAUUUAGAUCAAUAACAGUUAUAGUUUCCAGCUGAUGCUGCAUGAAGUCACCCUUAUGCAAAUGUACUUGUGCAGGAUUAUUCAAACGAAAAGUAUUACCCACUGGAAAUACCAAUGACAACACUGUGUAAUAGAAAUGUGUGCCUGCUAACAGUUGACUGUUAAAAGGAGCUUGACCGUUGACUUGAGUAUAACCUGGAAUCUACAAGUGACAUCAGAUCAAUAUUAUUAAAUGAAAAAUAUCUGCACUGCAGUUAAAGCAUCUGGUAACAUUACAAAUAUUGUGCCUCUGUAGAGACCUGUCUCAUUUUUGGGGGCCGAUUUAUCAAUGUCUGUUCCAACAUGAUACGCUGUAGUGUAUCAUGUCCGACAGACCUCGCUGAAUGCCGACAGCAUUAAAGUUUUCCGUAUUUUUGUAUAACACAUUUUAGCUCCUCAACACCCUGAAGGUUUAUUUAACCACUGUUUUUAGAAGAGCUGAUAUGGUCAUUUUUUUUUUCUCUUGAGAAAGCAGUGACCACCUGGUCCAACAUUUAGAUCUAUAUUAUUGCAUUUGAGUUUCUUAAAAGAAAAAGGGAGCCGAGAUAAGUCAAGAAUGACUAUUAGGGUAGACAAGCAUAUUGUUAAAACGUAAAGGAUAGGUCCAUAUCUGUCCAUUAUGCCUUUAAAAAAUAUUUAGUAUUUGUAUUUAUCUUUGAGUAUAAAAUGUCUUAUUCAUUACCAAUCAACUGUUAUGUUUAGACAGGGAUCUGACUUCCCAAUUGCUAUUUUUACCACUGAAUUAACAACUUUAUUUGUUCUCAGAAAGUGACUUUGUUUAAACUUUCUGUCACAAUUAGAGGGUGGUGGAACGGAAGGAAAAGAUAAGCUCUAAGGAACAUGAUAAAUAGCCAUUUAUUUUAUUUUAAAGAAAGAACAGUAAAUGAGAUAGGGAAAUAAUAUAUAAAUACACACACUUAUUAUUUUCUUUUGCAGAGAUUGGCCCUUUAAAAUGGCCUAUUUAAAACUGCAUUUCCCCCCAAGUUUUGUGUUGCAAAUAACUAAUUUACCUACAACUGAACUAAAAUACUGUAAUUGAAACAGAUUUUUUUUUAGUAUAAUAUGAAUCAUAUUAACAAACCUUUAGUUGUUUUAAUGGCAGCUAUAGAAAUGGAAUGGUACUCUAAAGGCAGUCCAGUUGAGAUGCAUUUGCAAUGUUUAAUAUUUCGGUAUCAUCCUUGCUAUCAUUAAAAGAAAUAUCCUGUACACAGUGUGAAUAUCUCUAGUUUGCGUUGUUGGAUCCUAAGUUUAAAUUGUAAUUUGCAGAUAAAAUGCCACAACCCAUAGUUUUGAAAAGGAUUCAUUCCUUAACUGUGAUGUUUACUCAAAUAGAGUAAUGGCUCCUUUGUAUUGUGGAUACCCCCCCAAUAGUCUCUUGUGCAAAGGCACGUGAUACAUUUUAUUAAAGGGAUUUUCAAAAGUUGAAAGGUAAAACAAUAAAAAAAGGGACGAUAUUUACCUCACAAUUUCUUCAGCUCACUAGAGUAAGUGCUCUGUGAACAUAUACCUUUAGCUACUGUCCAGCUACAAGUUGGGAGGGAAAAAAUAGCCAAUUAGCAUCAGCAGUGCUGAGGUCAUGAAUUGUUUUGCUGUGAUCUCAUGAGAUUUCACUAAAAUAUGAGAUUUCAUAGUAAACUUCCUUAAACUGAAUAGGAAAAUAACAUGACUGUGCUGCACAUAACAGAUGCACACUCCCUUGCAAGUCCUGGGACUAGCAUUCUGAUUGGCUGCCUAGUCUCUUUACAGUGGGGUGUGAAUACUUAAGAAAUUUUGAGGUAAAUAUGUCCCUUUUUUAUAUAGAUAUUCAGGUGAUAUUUUCUAGUCGUCUUUUUAAAGCUAUGCUGCAUCACUUUCAAGUGUUUCAACAUUUGGGUAUCAUGUCCCUUAAGUAAGACUUUAAUUUAUUUAGCUGCAGACAUUAUUUCUGGCAAUCAGGAUCUGUACAAUAUUUUAUUUACUUUCAGUAAAAUGGAGAAGCUAAGCCAAAAAGUGUAGAAAUAUAUGCUUGUGCUACAGAAUAACUAUGUUAACUACUAAAUUAAAAAUUAAAUGAAAUAUUCUUAAUUUCAUUAACAUGCAUGAUAACCAAUCUCUUUGCUCCUUAAAGAUCACAGCUUUGACAAAUGCAUCCAAUCAUGCAUGCUGUUCUCAGACAGGAAAUAGCUCUUUUUAAUAUUUCAACAAAUAUUUUAGUAAUUUUGCCUUAAACACCCGUCCCAUAGUUCAUAUUAAACCCACUUCCCAUGGUGCUUUUUAAUACUAUGUAAAGCAAAAAUUGCAAUGGCCUUAGUGGGACUGAUAAUUUAGAAGUAUAGCCGUCUUUUUGUGUUCAGUGUUUGUCACACUUUCAGACUUCUUUACCAGCAUUUGUGUUUUUCAUAUUUGUUCUUUCUUUGGAAACCAUAUGGCAAAAACUUGCAAAAAAUAAAAUAAAAAAAAUGUAAAGGUCAAGAUUCAGCUGGCCUAAAUCUUGCUCUCAGAAAACAAGUUAACUUUUUUAUGUCAUUUAAUAAUUUGUGCUUUUACAAUACAAUGUUUGUAUCUGAGAGGAGCAUGUUCAGUAAAAUGCCUUUAUACAUAUGUUCUAAUAGGUCAUUUAUAGACCAGAAAUGACAUUAAUGUGUUUACCAUUAUCUUAUUUAUUUUAGAAAAUUCAAAAUGUUUAUAUUUUGCAUUGAACUAUAAUUUUAAGAUGUAUAUACUGUACAGUUGUAUAUUAUGUUUGCCUAUGUGAAAAAAACAUGUAAACUAGUUCUUUGCAUGAAGAAUUCUGUAUCUUUCAAAAGUAUACGACUCAAUAUAAAUGGAUAAAGCAAAUACUGUUAUUAGCUUUCAUGAACAAUAAUGAAGUAUUAUUAAAAGUAA